GCAGUGCAUGAGAGAACCGUGGGAAUUUUCUCAAACUUGAAGGGGGGGAAACGUGUCUGCAGCUGUUGGAGCUUAUCAGCCGCGAAGGAGCAGUAGAAGCAUUUCAUUCAGAACAUGACUAAUCCACUGGAGAAGGUUGUGGCCCAGAAGAAGGAGGCCAUUGAGGCAGUGAUGGAUAUGUUUCAGAGGGGGGCUGAGGUGCUGGCCAGUGCUGUGGGUGAGCUCUUUCCUCUUUGCGAGGCUGCUGCUCCUGUCCUGCGUCUGGCCUUAGAUAAUGUUCAGAGCAAAGAGGUCUUCUAUGUCAAAGAACAGUUCCUGACAGUGAAGAACAAACUCGAUGUGCUCUCGAGUCAGCUGGAAGACAUAGACUGUGAGCUCAAGAAGGGAAGACUGGACUCCCAGUACUUCUCUGUUGAGGAGAACAUUCGGAACCAGUUCAGGAAGUAUAUGGAUAUACUGGAAGCAAAAGAGCAGUUCAGGGAGGUGAAGAAGAGACUAUUUUUGGAGCACUUUGCCAAAACUGGAGGAGAGAAGAACCUGCUUGUGCUCUGUGAUGCUCUCAUGGGGACUAACUGCUUUGGUGAGCCCGUUUUAGAUGUGGUAGAAAGGUAUGUGGCACGGAACCGCCGCCUUCUGGAAGAUUUCUGUGUUCGGAUGAAGGAGCUUCUCUGCUUGGGUCUGAUUGCUCUUCUGGGUCACUGUGCCUUAACACAGGGCCAAGAAGAAGAGGAGGAAAAAAUCCAAGAGUGGAGCAGCAAAAUUGAAGAAGUUGAAUCCAGGAUGAAGUCAGCCAUUGAGUCUUGCAUUGCUGCUUUCCCAGAACAAGCAAAAUUAGACACCGAACGUCUCCUGAAGGAAAACCAUGAAGAGAAUCUUCAGGGUUCAACUCAGCAGCUUUUAGAGUUCUUGGUGAAAAAGUACGACUGGGUCAGCUGGUCAGUGCGGCUAAUCAACCAUUCAGGCAGCAGCUAUCGAAACUGGCGAGCAGGGGAGCAUUUUCACCAUGUGGCAGGGCAGAACUGGUUCGAAGUGCUCCAGGUGAACAACAUCAACCUGGUGGUGUCCUACAGCACCAAACCGCAGCCUGUGCCCCACGACUGUAUCAGGCAGGUGAUGGAGGGUCAGGGGAAGAAGGGAAAUGCCCCAGCUGUGGUGGAGGUGUUGGAGAAGCAGCUGUGCGGGUUUGUUGUUCAUGCAGUCAGUCGUCACAAGGAGUCCGCGGCUGCGUGGAGCUUUCCGGAAGACUGUCAUUACUGGGAGAGGCACAAGAAUGUGGCUGUGUGUGUGCACUCAGAGUAAAGCUGCUAGAUAAUCCAGGUUUUAAGAUUUUAAGGCAGACAGGUUUAUCCAAAUGAAGACACUUAACAUUUUUGUUGCUGAAAGAAAAAUUGAUGAUACACCGCAUUGAUCAUCAGAUAAUUUAUAUUAACACCAAUCACACAAACGAAGCAUUUUCAGGUAUUAAGCCCAGACCUAAUGCAUUAGUAGUGUAGGGAGAUUUACUCAUAUUCUUGCUGAUUAUGUCCAGUCGAUCUACACAUUAAAGAAUACAUUUAAGGGGUGAAGAGAUAAAACAAAUUUAACUGAAAAUAUUACAAAGCACUUUUGUUAACAAAUAAUUACGUUGCUUCAAACGGAGAUGCACCAGCAUCUCUGACUGAAACUACAUUUAAUACAACAAUUCUUUUAAUUUGCUGUAGGGUUUGUUUGUAGUGACAGCGGACUGAAUCAUACUGACACUGUUGCACUUAUUUUUAACAUUCAUUUUGUGAAUGGAAGGUUUAAUAAAUGUGAAAGAUUUCAGAAUGCAGCUUAUGUUUUAAAAUCUUCCUUUUUAGUCUAGAGGUGUUUUUUUCUGAAUGAGUUAUGCCAUAGUUUUACAGGUACAGCCCAUUUGAGAACAGAAUUGAUUUGACACUCCUACAUUAGAGCUACACAUGACUGGAUCAGUGCUCUGCGUACGCCAUCACCUAAACUGACACGUUAGAAUCAAUACUGGAAAACAUCCGAUCAAUGCAGCUCGUUCAGAAAACUUGGUUUCACGUUUUAAUGUUUUGUUAAAAUAAUAUAACCACAAAUGCACUUGCAGAGCUGCGCGAGCUCUUAGAUACUCUCGGAUAUUUUCUACAUAAAUGUAGUUAUAGCUCUUUAAAAUCACUUGCAUAUUACAAACUGUAUUGCUACAUGUCUAUCCAUAAUACUAACAGUUUACUUCAAAAGCAUUUUACCUCAGCUGCAUGCAGUAAUAACACCGUCUCCCUUGAGAAACAGCUUCUCUACCUACUUACAGCUUUCAGGAGAUGGUUCUGCUGAGGCUGCAUCUCUCUGCUCCCUUUUUGUCCGUGCUCAGCAGGCUGGCCUACAUAACCCUGACAGGGAGCGGAGAGGUUACUUUUUCAGGCGUGAAAAACAAGAGGCUUGGAGGUUGGAGACACGACAAAGUGCCUUGUGUUCUAAACACAGUGAAAGCCCUCGAUGUCGAACCAGAGCCCACUGCCGACCAGUGCUCUGCCUAAAAAUGAUAACACGAGUUAACUGCUUCACACAGGAUCUUUAUGAUUUAUGUAUCAUUUCAUCUAUCUCAAUGCAAUUUACUUCAUCUGUUAGGUAUUCUUCCUCACAUUAAAUAUUCAGUUGUUUUGUCUGAAAUUUAAAAAUCAACCAAAGAUUUUCCCAGGAAAUUUUUAUGAACUCAGUUUUUUUUUUUAAAUCCACGGCAUUUAGAUAAAAACUAUUGCUUGCUUAAACGGCAUCUGCUUUGUUACUCAUACCAAACCAUCUUAACAAAAUUAGUGGAUAAUGAAUGGCUAGCAUGUCUUUUUAUGCUUUAUGAUAAUUAAUGAGCAAAAACAAAAAGCAAAUGGAUGUGUAAACACGUGUAAUCUAAUAUCUGUCUCCUUUUUCUUGUACAAAUGUGAUUUAUGUAGCACUGUUAGUGCCUGUGCCCAUUAAACUGAAGCAGUGCACC